AUGGGAAGAUCAAGCGAUUUCAGAUUUUGGGACGAAAAAUUAUUGAACGACCAUCACGGUUACACAGAUCCAGACAGUGAUGGACUAAAAUGUGAUGUUCCAAAACUUCUCCAAGACCAACUUGAAGCUUUCUCUCCUCCAUUUUGGCCACGAACAAAACCGAGCGACUUGAGGCAAGAAAAUUUCGCUAUGCCGCCAAACGGUAGAAAGGAGAUGAUGGAAAUGGUCAAGGACAUGCCAGAAUCUUCAUAUGAACUCUCACUGAAAGAUAUAGUUGAUGGUCAACAAACCAUGGACAAGUUACAAGUGAAGGAAGUGGUGGCACAAACAAAGAAAACGAAGCAUAAGAUGGAAAGAAAAAUUCCGCAGAGUAACAAUUGUCAAAUAAGCAGGAGUGAGAGCAUGGAGGGUGAGGUCUACUUACUCAAGUUGUUUUUACCACUAUCUCUGAGUUUCAGUAAGAAGAGCAAGACAAGAAAAGACUCCAAAAUUUGUUCAGUCCAGAGCCAAACAUCCGAGGGAUCCAGGAGACGAGCAAAUAAAGACUGGUGGAAGAUCAUAGCUCUAGCUGUAAAGGAUAACCAAAUAGGUACAAAAAUUGACAAGAGAGCAGCAAGUGGGGAUGGUAGCAAUAUAACCAGGUACGCAUUCUCAGUCUUUACUAAUAGCAGUGUAACUGUAAAGUAA